GUCUUUCUGACCUCACGCAGACCAUCAGCAAAUUUGGGCCACAAAUGAUGCAAAGCCACAACUGAGGGCAUGAGCUGGGGUCUUUCUCCUUUGAUCUUUGCAAUUGACAAUUGUCCUCUGUUCUUUGACCUCGCUUGUUGCAUAAAUACGCCUCAAAACAUCUUCUCAUGAACCGUCAACGCAUCAGACAUCUCCUCGUCUGCUUUCUGAUCUUGUUCCUCUUCUAAUCUAGCUCUACAUUGCAACUUUCUACCCCUCUACGCCUCUCAUGUCACUGCUCAGCAAUCGAUACGACAACGUACCUGAAGGAUCCCGCUGGGUGUGUAUCCGAGAACCGAUCCAUGACGAAAAUGGAGAACAUCUUCGCAAGACGAAAUUGGUACGCAAGCUUGUGAAAGAAUGCCCCGGCAUCCGACAGGCAUACCUCGACAACUUGAAGAAAGAAGUGGAACGAAAGCUUGCCGAAAGAGGGCCAAACGAAGAUGACGGCGAUACACCCGUGAACUACUUUGACUGGAACAACGGUUGGCCGAAACGCUCGCGCACAGAACUUGAGGAUGCUGCCAGAGAACGCGAGAACCCAAACACACGCCAAACUGUACCUGCACCAUGGCCUCUGCACUGUACCAACCACUGGUAUGAGUUCUCCUCAGUGGACCAAAAGCUCGAAGGCGCGAACGUUGGCCAAUACUUGGCUGAACUUCGGAAACUUUCUGAUCCUAGCUGUCCCGUUAGACUCUUCAAAAGAAUGCAGCCCAACGAUGAGAUUGAGAUAACCCUCAAGGUGAGUGACUGUCUGACUUGUUUGAGGUUAAUUUAUUUUUCAUCCAAACAGUGGCCUGGGUACGACGCCUUCACACGUACUGCUGAUGUUGCUUGGGUGGGCACUCGGGCACUACUUUUCAAUUGUCUUGUCCUUAUGCUAGACGACUUCAUAAACGAGAUGUCGGAGGUUGAGACACAGGAAGAAUACUACAAGGUGGGCCCUGGAGGCAUCACAAUUGACAGGAUCUGGAUCGUUGGGUUCGGCCAGACCCCCGACAAGAAGUGGAUACCGUGGUUCGAGGUCGACUUUCCGAAACCUAAGUUUGCGCUAUGCAAUGAUGCGACGUCAUCCUCAUAAUUGGGAAGUUUCCCUCUGCACAUACAUUGAUUAUUAUUCUGCACUAUGUGUCCGUUCUAAUAUCAUGUAACAACAAUCUGAUAUACUAAACUUUUACUUAU